AUGGAACUCGACAGUCUGCCCCUACCAACGCGACCGUAUGGUCCCACACAAGGCGAACCAAGCAAGGGACCCUCAAUAGCGGAUUUGCCCGACUUGUACUCGCUCACUCCAUAUACCGAGGACUUCCAGGCUCGCGCUGAAUCACGAGGAUGUUUCAGGGCGGUGGAGUCGGCAUCUAGGGUAACUUGGAUUGAGGUUGACGGGGACCAAGUCAAUCUAGUCACUGCAAGAGCUUUGAGCUCGCUGGCCGAACUCCGUGGAUGCAGAAGUCUUCACGUCCCACGGGAAAAUGGGUUAAGAAUUUUAUCUGUCAACCAGCCCAACUCCUGGAGGCCGCUGAAUAUCACGGGCGAUAUGUUCAGGGAGAUCGUGAAUAUUGCUGGAGCCUCAUCCGAUCUCCUGGAGCUGCCGCUAUCCUUUUUCCAAAGGUCCAUGGCUGUCGAAGAAGGUUUCAGCAGCAGCCCGGUUAUCAGGCACAACGCCGACUCGAUCGAAGAAAUUAUUUACAUCAUGAAAUACGCGACUAAAAAAGUGGUUCAUGAAAAAGGAAUGGACCCGUGGGUGCUACGCCAAACAGGGGUAUAUCAAAAAUACGAAUUGGCAACCAAAAACAGCACCUGGGUGUUACUACACCCAACAGAAAAAUGCAGCUUCCAAUCUCGCCUUGAGAGCUUCCUUCAGUCGCCAAGUCAGCGAGCCUGUCUGCAUCGUAACCCACUUCUCAUUCAUAACAUCUUGUUUGGGUCGUUCACGUCGGCCUGGCGAGAAUAUAUCAAGCACCUGGAGGGCCGCAUGUUGCCCAUUGCCAAUACUACAGUCGCAGCGGAAAUAGAUAAGGCGCUGAGAGUCAAUUAUGAGUCCUUGACAGCCAUUCGCGGGACCGAAAAUCGAUGCCUAGUUCUUCAGCCAAUCUUUCGGUCACUCGAGAAGACUUUCGACGUGCUUCACCAGGCCAAUGCGAGCCUUUCAGAUUCCGGCGUAACACGGCAGCAUGAAUUGCAGGCAAUGAAGCAGCUGCUGGACAAUUAUUCAACCGCCAUCAACUCGUACGGCCAAGCCGCGUGGUCACUGCAAACCCGGACAUCAAGGAUAGCAUCGCACAUCACUGACACUCUCUCCUUUAAGGAUGCGUACGUCGCAAAGCAGCAGACCGAGUUCAUGGUGCGAGACUCCACCACAGUUCGCGUCAUAACCGUGGUGACACUGAUAUAUCUCCCUUCAACAUUCAUGGCCACUCUCCUCGGAAUGAACGGCUUUUUCGAGAUGGACGACAAUCAUAAUGUUGUAGUGUCUCCGCAGUUUUGGAUAUACAUUGUUUGUUCCGUGCCCUUGACCGCAGCAACACUAUGCUACUGGUGGUACUUCCAGAAUGCCAAACAGCGCACGGAGCGAUCGACUGACGCCUUGAUGGUUUGAAAGGCUUCUAAUAUCGGUGGGAUAGGGUUUUAUCCAUGGGGUGUAUUU